CGGUCCGUAUGACAAUGAAUUGGGUAAUCGGUAAAUGUAAAUGUAAUACUAGAUAAGUCUAUGAACCUUGUUUUCACUAGAAAAACAGCGCACGCCUUCUUCGCGUGACUCCCUCUUCCUAUAUUUCUAUCCCCCUUCCUUCUUCUGCUCUUCCAUCAUGGCAGAACCAUCCUCCAAUGUCACAGUAUCCCUUCUCCCAGUAUCCCUCUCUCUAGUACACAUCCCUCGCUCUCGUCUCCCCCAGUUGUUACAUCCUGUCCUCAGGCAGAUCUUACAACCAAACCCCACCUUCAUCAAUGUCACCUGCAAUGAGAUUGAACUCAGUCUUUUCGCAGAAUCUCACAUGCUAGCAGAUUUUGAACCUGUCGCCAGACGAGACAGGCAAAGGCAACGAUCUCGCUCUGGCUCCGGAUCUAGCUCAAAGCGUGCCCAGCCUGUAUUACCUCAAGACCACCUUGAAAUAUCCUAUGAAAAGUGGAAUGUUCUCCAAAUUGAUUCUCAUUCUGAUCAACUCGACAGCUCCGGAGCCCGUGUACAUGAACUGUCCGCACCGUUAGCUGCAGCUGGAAUUUCUAUCCUAUACCAGUCCUCUUACUUGAGCGACUUUAUAUUUGUAAAGGAGUCGAGACUCCAGGAGGUCAUGUCUCUGUUGGGAUCAACGGGAUUCGACCUCUACUCUUCCGACCCGGAACUACUCACUUCCAGAGUAGUCUCCCCAAUGCUCUCCCCGGUCUCUCCCGAUGACUACUCUUCCAUCCCCGACGUAGCCCCAGAUAUCACGGUAGAAUCCGGUGCCAUUCUGACCCGGACAAGAAACAGUCUCGACAUCGUUUCUGCUGCUGCUAUUACUUUGCAGCACAUAAAUCUCACGACCUCACCCGAUGACUCACCAGCAAGCAGUCCGACUCAUCAUAAACCUCCAUCACGUCACAAAUCGCACUCCCCGACCUCGGGGGAAGUACGCGUAUUAACUCCUAACCUCGCUUGUGUCGGCCUUUCGGACGACAGUGUUGACACAUGGGGACUUAAGAUCGUAAAGCUGGUGGCGUUCCCCGAAUUGAUUCCUAUCAAGGAACAACCCUCACGAUCACGCAAGUCACAGUCUCGCAAUGCCCACCCUACCGGCGGAGUUCUGCUAUCGUCGUCAAGUCGAAAACGAUAUUCAGAUUCAUCAGAUUCAUUUUCUUCCUCCAGUGAUGAUGAAGAUGAAGAAGAAGGCUACUUUUCUCACUCUCCUCUCGGUAACUUGUCAUCCACUUCGCUCCAGUCUUCCUCCGCUUCGCGGUCCUUUCCAGAUCUAUCAAUUCCUAUCCCUUCUCAAACGGGAACUUUCAAACGUUCUGCAAAACACAUUGUUGCGCCACUUGCACCACUCUCUCCUCUUGAAUCAAAGCCAGCAUCACAUCGUAAACCCACCUUCCAUCAUAUAGACGCAUCAGUUACCAUCAAGAAGCCUGCAGAUGAGACCAUACGUGGCAUGGUCCCAUUUUUCAGCUUCACCCGUACGCAAGAAGGCACCUCAUUAACGACUGAUGUUUCUCUUCUGGCCGCGCUAUUUCCUCCGAAUGAGCGGCAUAUAAUGAUUUGUGCUGGCGAACUUGAUGCUCUUGAUGCACAAAGUUUGAGUACAGAUUCAGACUCCGAGGACGACGAGGACACAGUUUCAUCAAGUGGUGCCCUUAAAUGCUUGCAAAUCGAUCUGCGCAGAUUCGGGCUUGAUAAACACGGCUUGGUAAACCGCUUUUCGCGAGUCUUGGAACAAAAUGGCAUCAACCACAUGUAUAGCUCAACCUAUAAGACGGCUAAUCUGCUGGUUUCUAAAGCGCAUGCCAAUCGUGCCCGAGCCUUACUGAAGGCUUGUUAAAUUACAUCUCCGAUUGCCAUCUCCGUUACCAAUCACAUCUAUGGCAUCAACUCCACCACCAAAAUGAUGCAGGCAACGCCCGGUGCCGCCUACAUUUCACACACAU